GCAGCAGGGGCAAUAAACAGCACAGAUAAGCCAGGGAUACUGUGUUUGAACACACUUCACCAAACUUGAGUUUCUGUUUCGAGGAGCACACCUGCUCUGGGUUUUAGCUGCAUGGAUGUUUUCAACCGUGUCUGGUCCACAAGCCAAGGCCUCGCUGCACCUGAGCAUGCACUCUGUGGCGUAGACUCGUUUUUGAUUUAGGUCGGACAAAGACGUACAUCGUCAUGAUAAAAGUAGAUCUGAGGUCGCUCACCCAGCCGGUGGGCAUCAUCCGAAUAAUAGCGGCCUUCCUCACCUGUACCACAUUCAGUCUGGUGGCCAAGGCGGGCUACCAAACUUUGUCCUACUGGGCCUGGUGUAUGUUCACCUGGUGUUUCUGCUUCUUCUUCACACUUCUCAUUGUCGUCCUGGAGUUUACCACCUUCAAUGGAAAACUGCCUUUUUCCUGGGAGGACUUCACUGCUGCGUUUGCUAUGCUGGCGAGCCUCAUGUGCUUGAUCAGCUCCAUCAUCUAUCCCACCUUUUUCACCUGCCCUACCUGUGACUACCAGAUUGCUGCGUCAGUGCUGUCCUGGGUCUGUUUUGGAUUGUAUGUGGGCGAGGUCGUCCUCACACGUCGCCAACCAACUGGACAAAACAGUGGGUUUCUCUCCACGUUGUCGGGCAUCAUGAAGAUGCUGGAGACGUUCCUGGCCUGUCUCAUCUUUGUGAGUUUGGAAACAAAACAGUACAGUGGGGUCCCGGGAUUACAGUGGUGUGUGGCUGUGUACUCGCUGUGUUUUAUCUUCUCCAUCGCCAUUAUCCUGCUCACUCUCGGACAGGUAACCUCCCUUUCCCCAGUUUCCUUUGACAAGAUUGUGGUCGCCUACAAUAUUGUUGCAACAGUGAUGUAUGUCACAGCCAUGGUCAUCUGGCCUCUUUAUGGUUUCAAAAAAAGCGGCACCAGACCCAGCAACUGUGAACGUUACUGCUGGUGGGACAAACUGGUGGUGGUGACCUUUAUGACAAUUUUCAACUUUGUUAUCUACACGCUGGACACUAUCUACUCCAUAUACCUUGUGUUCUUUGUAAGUAAUCAGUAAGACUGGUCAAGGGAGGUUUGAUACAUGUUGGAGUUAUAAAUAUAAAGGGAAAAAAAAGCAUAUUCUACAAAUGUUCGUUUGAGUUGUCCGUUCCUGGUAUCGAAACAAAGCAGUAUUUUAGUUAAUGGUUAGUUAAACUACCAUUGUCAUAACAGUAAAGUUCACCCUGAUGGAACUUUGGAUACUAAUUUACAGACUGCAGGUAACAAUGAAAAUAUAGUUCCCCACCUCAGACUUCAUUAAAUAUAUAUUUCUGACCAUUACGCUAAUAAAAUCUUAUAUUUCUGUAAUAACAAGAUGUGUUUUUCACGAAAAGUGUUGUGUAAUGUGUUUUUUAAAUGAACCAUGUUAAAGUAUGUCAAAUGAAUGAGUGAGUGAGUGAUCCUUAUUUAACUAAAGCAAACAUUUUUAGUGUACUCAGUUUGAUUCCAGUUAAGACACAGAGGAUAAAACAUGAUCCCACUAAUGCAAUGUCCUUAUGUGGGCAACAAGCUGCAACCAUGAAAUUAAAAAGCUGAGCCUUACCUAGUUUUUUGGCUCUGUUGCAAAGUUUUCCUUGAAAUGAAACAUGUUGAAGCAAUCAAAGGCGAUUUUAAACAACUGUUGCUUUUGGGUCUUUUUUGGGUCUGUCGAACGACAAAAAUGUUUAAUUAAUAAUAGGACAAACUGACAUUCCUAAUGUGAUGUAAAAAUGCUUUUUUUAGUACAUAUUAUUAGGAAAGACAGACAGCAGGUGGAUGUAUGUGUUCUGAAAAUGUUCUCACUAACUGACUGAUCCAAGUGAUGGAAUAUUCAAAUGGAAACAAAUUCCAAAGUGGGUGGAUUUUAGUCAUCAAAAGAGUAGUUUUCAAGAAAAGAGGAGAAGAGAGGGAGGGGGGGGGCAGUAGAGGAGAGAAGGAAUUCACAAUAUAAAAAAAUGAUGUGUGGGAAAAGUGAUUCCUGCAGUCCUUCCUGCAGAGGCAGCUUGUCCGUCAGGUGUUGUGUUCCCUGCUGCCUGUUUAACCUCUUUCUUUCUCACCUAAUCAGUGGACACCACUUCCUUUCUUUUAAAACUGGGGAAUUUGAGAGCAUGUCACCCUCGUGUCACCUGUAAUCCUGCAGCCAUUGUGUUGACUGAUGAACCAAUCUGUGUGAGUGAACUCAAGUCAAACAGAAUACGUCAAGCGCGAAAGUAUGUUCCUCUUUUCUUAAGUCAACCAGACAGCAAGGCAGAAGUUCAGUGGUGGAAUACUAAAAUAAAGGAUCUGGGUUUGAUUGGGUUGGAUACGGUCUACAAGAAGAAAUAAAACUAAAUUACAUGUUGUAUGAGUCCUUUUUCUUCGACCACUCCUCAUAAAUAAAAACUGAUUUAGAAAAGUAUUCUUCAAACCAAUUGUUCUAUUGUUCGGAGAGUAGAGGUUUAGGUGUCAAGACGGCUAUAAAGGGAGCAACAACAAACACAUGGUUAAUGGAUUUUGGCUCCUCGCUUUGUGGCACAUGAAGGUAACAUCGAAAAAAUUAAGGGAUCAACAGAAAUGACUGUGCAAAAAGGCAAAAGGUAAAAAGUAAUCUGCUAAAAGUGUUUUCUUUAUUUCAGUACUCAGUAUCAGUAGGCUUUGUGUUUCUAAUGCCACCAGCGAGUGGUGCUAAAGAAACUACAACUGUUCAAGUUGGAAAUUGAACCGUCAACACUCUUUGACCAAUUGUUAACUCUAACUUAUGUCCAUACUGAAUUACACACUGAAAUGACGUGAACCGGAAAAGGUGAGUAUACUGUAAACCAGACCUGGGCAAACUAUGGCCCGUGGGCCAGAUACAGUCCGCUGGGCUUUUAGAAUUGGCCCACCAAACACUGGUUCAAGGUACAAUAAAGACCGAUGUCGAUCUUUCUGUUUCACCCAUUUCAACAAAUCAACUUUUGCUGAUGCCACUAAAUAGCACAAGACAUCUGAUGUGGCAAAUUAUUUAUCAUUUAUGAUAUUUAUAUUUAUUUAUGAUAAGUUUUAGGAUUUUUUUCUUGUACAUUAUAUAUAAAUUAUUG